AUGGUGAUUUUCGGAGUGAACGCAACAUAUCGACAUGCAGCAUUUGUGAUAUCUUUAUUCUUCUUCCUAAACGUGUAUUUAUUGUAUUCGGCUCAAAAUACGGUUCAAAACGCAUCACAUUCAGGAGAUAGAGAUGUAAACGUGGCAAAUCAUAACUCAAAUUCUAUCGAAACUUCUAUUCCAACAUGUGAAAUCACCGAUGAUCUGGCGAAAAGUGCGAUUUCUAGAGCCACAUCGUCAUCUUGCAAAUCAAAACUCCAACUGGAAGCUUGUCUUCUGAAAAACGGAACAUUCACUGAAACAUUUCCUGAGAGUGAAUGUUCUAAUCACGAAAAUCACUUGAUUGAUCAGAGGAUUGGAUGUUAUUCGGAUAAAAAAGAUUCUCGAGUUUUGAAAGAAUUCGAAUACAAAUUCCCGAAAUCAAAUGGAAAAUCCACUUGUCGAAAGAACUGCUACAAAGCAGGAUUUUUGUAUUAUGGAUUGGAAUUUGGGCAAGAAUGUUUUUGUGGGAAUGAUGUGACGAAUGCUACCGAAAUUGAUGACAAAGACUGUCAAACUUAUAAAUGUCCUGGCUCAGAACAAGAUUUUUGUGGAGGAUUCAACGCCGUCGAAAUUUUCAGAACUGGCUUGAAAUCAAAGGUCCACAUGAUGAAGCCUCAAUACCUGGCUCCAGGAGAAGGUGAACCGCUGAAAGACUCAAUCAAAAUCCUGUUUCUUCUCCAAUUGAAUGGUCGAAAUGAGCGUCAAGUGAAAAGAUUUCUGAAAUCAAUAUAUCUUCCACACCAUUAUUAUUACAUCCACGUGGAUAAGCGACAGAAUUAUAUGUAUUCAGAGAUGAAGAAAGUCGCUGAAAAGAUUCCGAAUAUUCAUGUCACUGAUCGCCGAUUCAGUACAAUUUGGGGUGGAGCCUCCCUUCUUCAAAUGUUUCAACAAGUUAUUCGAGAUUCUUUGGAAAUGGAACAGUUCAAGGACUGGGAUUAUAUUUUCAAUUUCUCUGAAAGUGAUUUUCCAAUAUUGCCAAUUCAAGAUUUUGAGAAAUUGAUUACAGUACACAAAGGUAAAUCAUUCUUGGCUUCUCACGGCUACAAUACGGGAAAAUUCAUUCAAAAGCAAGGAUUUGAAUGGGUGUUCUCCGAAUGUGAUCAGAGAAUGUUCCGUAUCGGAAAGCGUGAAUUUCCUCAAAAUUUGAGAAUUGAUGGUGGAUCAGAUUGGGUUGGAAUACAUCGAGAUCUCGCAGAAUACUCGAUUUCUGAUGACGAGCUGCCAAAAAAGUUGAGAAAAAUUUUUGAAAGUAUUCUCCUUCCACUAGAGAGUUUCUAUCAUACUCUAUCAUUCAAUUCGAGAUUUUGUGAUGAUUUGUUGAUGAGCAAUCUUAGAUUAACGAAUUGGUAUCGAAAGCAAGGAUGCCGAUGCGCCUCAUUAAAGCAAAUUGUCGAUUGGUGUGGUUGUUCACCGUUGGUUUUUCGAGAAGAAACAAAGAAUAAGUUUGAGUUACAGAAAGCUAUCUCAAAACCAACUUAUUUUGCUCGUAAAUUUGAUAGUAUGAUUGACAUUGAAUCGAUUGAAUCUGCCGAAUUACAAUCAAUGUCACCUGAGAAACUUCAAUUGGAUCAUCCAACCUAUCAUUUUGCAUUUGCCAAUAUCUUCAAAAAUGGAAUUGAUGAGGAAAAGAUUCAUUUCAGAAGUCUGGCAAACUUCGCAUUGAAAUCAAUUAAAUCCGACGAUGAACUAAAGAAAAUAGUGCAAUUAGACGCUCUUCGUGCUCACCAUAACGCUCAAAUUGAAAUUGUUAUGAAAGUAAAAACGAGCUCGGACAGUGUUGAGUUUUUGAUUCACCGAAAAACUCAUGUCAAAUUCUUAACUGAAAGUAGUUUGGAGGUCAAUGGUUACCAGUUGAAAGAAAUGACAUACGGAACAAAAUUCGAAUGGAAAGAAGAAAUUUGCAGAGAGUAUAUGGGAUUUGUUACAGAUAAAGAUACACUCCACGCUCGGCUAGAAUGGAAAUCAACUGAAAGAGUGAAAAAGAAUGGAGAUAAAACGAGUCCAGAAGUUGAAUUCAAGUACAGAAAAGGAGAUGAGUUGAUUGAAAAGACAGUUGUGAAACCAUAUGACUCGGUCUUCGGAGGACAGUUCGAUAGUUGGAAUGUUGGCAAAAAACUUUCCAACAUCUCCACCUGUGACAACUUCUUCGUCGACGUCAUUUCCCCAUCGUCUUCACCCGAUUCCCUCCCUCUUGCUACCCUUCGUUUUCCCGUUUACACCGAACAAAAUGUCGAUUGUCACGAAUCUUAUCUUCAGGACUUUUUUGAAAUCGUCGACUUUUGUACAUCUGAGGCAGCAUGUAAAGAGAAAAUUUGGAGCACAAGUUAUCCGGAUCCAAAAUCUGAUAUCAUUGUUGGAUACGAUUCGGAGGCUAGAACUCUGAAAUAG